AUGAAGGCGGGAGUGAAGGAUGGCCCCAGCCCGAGUGUCUUUUAUGAACUACAUCCCAUCAUCACGAGAUCCAUUUGGGGCAUGAUGUAUGUCAACAGGAGGGACCACAAUGGGAAAGACCACAAAGGGAAGGACCACUACAGGAGGGACCACAACGGGAAAGACCACAACGAGAGGGACCGCAACAGGAGGGACCACUCUGGUAGGCGCAUGAUCUCAGCUGCUCACACCGAAUAG